AUGGCAGGGAACCUGAAGAAAGGCGGGGGGCUCAUCGGGAUGAUGAAGGAUGCGUUCCAGCCACACCAUCACCACCUCCACUCCCAUCACCAGCCCGGGGCCGUGGACAAAAAGACGGUGGAGAAAUGCUGGAAGCUGAUGGACAAGGUGGUGCGUCUGUGCCAGAACCCCAAGUUGGCCUUGAAGAACAGCCCCCCUUACAUCCUGGACCUACUGCCUGACACCUACCAGCACCUGCGCACCAUCCUGUCCCGAUACGAGGGUAAAAUGGAGACACUGGGGGACAAUGAGUACUUCCGGGUCUUCAUGGAGAACCUGACCAAGAAGACCAAGCAGACCAUCAGCCUGUUCAAGGAGGGCAAGGAGCGCAUGUAUGAGGAGAACUCGCAGCCCAGGCGAAACCUGACCAAGCUGUCGUUGAUCUUCAGCCACAUGCUGGCUGAGCUGAAGGCCAUCUUUCCCAACGGUCUGUUUCAGGGCGACAACUUCCGCAUCACCAAGGCAGACGCUGCAGAGUUCUGGAGGCGCGCCUUUGGGGACAAGACCAUAGUGCCUUGGAAGGUGUUCCGUCAGUCUCUCCAUGAGUUCCAUCCAAUCAGCUCCGGGCUGGAAGCCAUGGCCCUGAAGUCCACCAUCGACCUCACCUGCAACGACUACAUCUCUGUCUUCGAGUUUGAUAUCUUUACCAGACUGUUCCAGCCUUGGUCAUCUCUGUUGAGGAACUGGAACAGCCUAGCAGUGACUCACCCAGGGUACAUGGCCUUUCUCACUUACGACGAGGUCAAAGCACGGCUACAGAAGUUCAUCCACAAGCCUGGCAGUUACAUCUUCCGACUGAGCUGUACGCGGCUGGGCCAGUGGGCCAUUGGCUACGUGACAGCAGACGGAAACAUACUCCAGACCAUUCCCCACAAUAAACCCCUCUUCCAAGCCCUCAUCGACGGCUUCAGGGAAGGAUUCUAUUUGUUCCCUGACGGCCGGACCCAAAACCCUGACCUUACUGGACUGUGUGAACCUUCGCCUCAAGACCACAUCAAAGUCACGCAGGAGCAAUAUGAGCUCUACUGUGAGAUGGGCUCCACCUUCCAGCUGUGUAAGAUCUGUGCUGAGAACGACAAGGACGUGAAGAUCGAGCCCUGCGGUCAUCUCAUGUGCACAUCGUGUCUCACUGCCUGGCAGGAGUCGGAGGGUCAGGGAACAGGAUGCCCAUUCUGUCGCUGUGAGAUCAAGGGCACGGAGCCCAUCGUCGUGGAUCCCUUUGACCCCAAGGACAACAGUGGGGGCUCCUAUGGGGGCUGCAGGGGUAUGUUUGGGGCCGAGGGUGCCCCUUCACCCAGCUACGAUGAUGAUGAAGAUGACAGACUAGAAGACCCCCACCUCAUGAUGAGCAAACUGGCCUGCACCAAGGUCGAGCGUCCCCCCUCGCCGUUGUCCCUGACGCCCCAGUCCUCUCUUCCUCCUGUACCUCCUAGACUAGACCUACUUCAGCACAGACCUCCCAACCCUCCUGGAGCCUCCAGCCCAGGCGUCACAUCCAAGGCGGCAUCCCACCACAAAGACAAGCCCCUCCCCCUCCCCCCUGCAUUGAGGGAUCUCCCCCCUCCUCCUCCUCCAGACCGGCCACACUCCACGGGGACCGGUCCAGAUGGACGGAUGCAGAGGCGGCCGUUACCGUGCACUCCCGGGGAGCCUCCCAGAGACAAGCUGCCCCCUGCACCCCCAAACCGGCCCAUGGCUGACUGGAACACCCGGCCUGUUCCCAAGGCUCCCACCUCCACCUCCUCUUCCUGCUCUUCCUCCUCCUCAUCUUCCUCGUCCACCCAGGUGUCCAGUCAGGGAGGAGAUGUUCGAGGAGGCCUCAGAGAACUGUCGAACCGACACUCCCUCCCCCUGGCGCUGCCCUCUGCCCUGGACACACGCACAGACUCACAGAGGAACAACAGCUCCCUCAGUCUGGACCACCAACUGAAUUUUGCAGCAGCAGCCGGCUCCGAGUACGACAACCCCAAAGUGAAGCCCUCAGCCUCAGCCAAUGCCAUCUACUCUUUGGCUACCAGACCACCUCCAGGGCUGAGACCAGUGACAGGAGAGGAGGCCGGCGACAGUGAAGAGGAGUCGGAGUACAUGAUCCCCUCCUCCCGGCCCGUCCUGCCUCUCAUGACGCCCACACCUGCAGGGGAGACACCUCCACUCCCCCGGCCCCCCCAGCCGCAGGCUCUAGCACCCCUGCAGGCACAGACCCAAGCCUGCCCGCUCAACUCACGGCUGGCGCUGACUGAGCUUGAGGAUGGACCUCAGAUGUAUGAAGCCAUGUACAACAUCCAGGCUCAGGCCUUGACCUCCUCUCUGCCUCACCAGGCCAGAGACUCAGACUAUUCUGAGCUGCCUCCUCUGGCGAUGACCAACGGCCCCCGUGAACACGCAGCUGACGAGGGAGAGGAAGAAGAAAAUGGCUAUGACUUCCCCAAACCCCGACUGCCCGUGGCCCCCACCCGACGGACCCUGUCAGAACUGAGCGGGUCGUCCUCCUCAUCCUCAUCCUCUUCGUCAUGCUCAUCCUCUGCUGCCCUCAGCCGACUUUCCCUAGAUGCAGACGCUGGAGCCGCAGCAUCCUUUUCAGAGUCAGUCGAAGCGCCAGAGAGACCUCCCAAGCCCCUGCCCAGACGAAUCAACUCAGAGCGUCGACCCAGCCCCGUCCCACCUGUCCCUGCCCCGCCCAGCGGUGGGCCAGCAGGAGGAGGGUCCAACCCCCAGAUCAGUAGCGAGAUCGAGCACCUCAUGAGUCAGGGAUAUUCUUACCAGGACAUCCAGAAAGCGUUGAUGAUUGCACAAAACAAUAUAGAAAUGGCCAAGAAUAUCCUCCGCGAGUUCGUGUCCAUUCCCUCUACCGCACAUAUUCUUACAUAGCACACUCCUAGUCUCUCUCUCGCACUUUUGUGCUCUUGCCCUAGCUUGGCCCGGCCUGGUUGGGUCCAGGUUGGCGUGGCCUGGUCCAGCCCAGCCCAAAGCCCAUUGCCUGCAGCACCUCCUCCAGUGCUGGCUGUCGCCCGACGCCCCUUGUGGAUUUUUAACUGGCUGUCUCUCUAGCGAGCUCACAGCUACUGUGGGACUCUGUGCCCUGCACUCCAUGCGCUUUCGACAGUGUCUGGCCUUGUUUAAACUGCUACAGCAGGCACCUUCUUUUUCAAGAACAUCUCUGUGGGACUGAGUAAGCGUACGUGGAACGAUUACCGGACACCACACGACGCAAGACUUCUGUGCGGAUCCGAGGAAAAUCGAUUCAUACGUUCCAUUUUGAAGCCUCUUGACGAAAAUGUAACCAACACCUCACAAAUUAAACUAAAAAUGUAAGUGUGUCUAUAUGAAAAUUUAAUAUAUGAGUAAAUAUAUAUUAAAUGUGUGUAAUAUAUACGUACAUUUACAGUAUGUGAAAAUGAUUUCAGCUUCAAAGGUCACUGUUAGUGCAAGCAGUAUGAGUAGACAGGGACCACAUUAAAGGGGGAUGUUUUGACUGGGGGAUGCCUAUCCAGAGGUGCUUUUGUUUCAGAGAGUAGAAUGUGGCGAUGCUCCAGUGAGGAAGAGCCAGGAGGUCUUCCUCAGUAUCACCUGUUUGUCAGCAGCAGUCAGAAGAUAGACAGAAGAGCUUUUGCAGUUUAUUAUGGCCUUGGAUUAAUGACGCUUUGGUACUUUUUUUUCCUUAAGAAAAACAUGUGGUCAUGUGGUAUUUUUCAAAGUAGCAUGACGUCAGUUUUCGGUCCGGACUGUUGGCUGGCAGUGUGUGUCUCUGUAUGUAUGUAUGUGUGUGUGUGUGUGUGUGUGUGUGUGUGUGUCUGUAUGAACACGCAUGCGUGUGUGCGUGUACUUGCAAGGAACCUCGCAACUGCCAGACCUAAUCCUCAAGGCCUGUUCUCCAGUUAACCCCCUCCUCUCAUACAACAUGAAUGUGGAAGCGCAGUACAGUAGUAUACUCCAAUUCAGGCUCCUGCUGUGUAAAUUUACUGCUACUCUAACUCACAUGGCAGGACGUAGUGUAGCUAUAGAGCCUGGCGGUGAGCUCUAGAGGAUGUACUAAUGCUGACAGGCUAGCGUUCUGUGAUACGUGUCGGCUGAAACUCUCCCCUCCCUUCCUCUAACUCAUUGGCUGGUCUGGGCUUUUCUGUCUCCGGCCCAGUCCAAUGUCGUGAAACAAACAAACAAACAAAAAAAAAAACUUGUCAUUGAUUUACUUUGAUAAUAUAUUAUUGUAAUAUGAUCAUAAAUAUUGUUAUUAUAAUUAAUUCAGAAGUGCUUCACUGCUGCUACUAUUGUUAGUGCUAAACAAUUAAGCCUUAAAUGUACAUUUGUGAAUAUUGUGUUUAACCGUCAUCCUGUUCUUUAAAGUGACAGUAUCAUCCGUGUUUCUCCAGUCUGUAAUGUAGCAUACUUGAAAGUACAAAGCAGCUUGUGAAUCUGCAGCCCUCUCAAGCUGACAACUCUUCAGUGUUUUUAAACUAUUUUUUUGAUUCUCUAAAGAUGAUGUCCAGGUCGGAGUCUGCAUAGGAACCAUUAUUUACUUUAGUCGAAGCAAAAAACAUAAAAAAAUUUAAAAAAUGCAUGGGAUAUGGAAAGUAGCCAUUUUGUUAUUAAGGCAGGCGUAUGUUGAUAUCCAUUUUUCUCUCUCCUCUGGAGUGUGCCCCGCUGACAGGGAGCGACCGUGGCGUGGUUGCUAAGGAGUUGUAAACGUAGGCUCAUGGGUUUGCUGGCCCACUCCCAAGUCUACACUUCAAUCAGUAUUUGGGCCCACUGUAAGAACUAACUCAGGAAUAUUGUGUAUCCAAACAAGUGGCGUUCACCUUGGCUGUCCCAACUGGUGUAGACUCCUCAUCUGAGAGUAGAUUAUUGGAGGGAAAAAAAAAACACAAACACACACACAUUGGCAUUGAUAGCAGUCUUUCUGUUACACCCUUUCAUCUACCAGGUGACAUGUAGCCAAAAAAAAAAAAAAAAAAAUCCGUUCAAUGAAGUCACACAAGUAGCCUAAUAACUUGUUUUUGUCAUUAUAACUUGCACAUUUAACUUUUUUUUUUUUUUUUUUUAGUUUGCAUUGUUCACAAGACUAGAGCAGUUUAAUUUUCAGGUACUAUGAAUGAAUGACCGCAAGGAGCUUUGAGGUACAUUGACGUCAGCCUCUCCCAGCAGAUGAAGAAUGUUUUUUUGGGCGGGGGUGUAAAUCCGCAUCAAUAGCAUAUCAGUACUAGCUCACACUGUGCAGUGCUGUCCGUUGACUGGAACAUAUCUCUGUGCCGUCUUGCCAUACUCUAGUUUCUUUUUCUGUUCCUAGUUGCCUUGAGAAACUUAAUGAAAAACUUGUUGAAUGCAUUAUGAUGUGGAUAGGGGCACGGGGGCAGCGACCUCCUUCCCCUCCAAUCAUGAAUACUGUACCAAUGUUGUGUUGAUGUUUCGAGGAAGCAUGUCAUUGUCAUAUUGUCAUGUAUUAUUAUUUACCUUUUCCUCUUUUUUUUUUUUUUUUCUUAAACUCAGUAUACCAAUUUACGCUUUGAUACUGUCACUCUAAAGAAGCCAAUUGUAUAAAGUUACUGAUAUAAAAGAAAUGGCUAUGUUUUAUUUCAUUUUGCAUUCCUGUACAUGUAUUUUGUUCCAAAGGAUUUGUUUACUUAUGUGAAUAAUUCUGUGAGCAGUGCCAUAUGUUUAGGGUUAUUAGCACGUUCGUCACCAUGCGUAGGUUAAGGCCUUGUUUUUGAAGAGAGUGCGUACAGGUAGGUGUCGCUCCGCACCUGUUCAUCUCUGAAGGCAAGUUGAUCCAGUGUUGCUUGUGUCAGUCUGUCCUCUGCCUUGUCACUGGCGUCAGGCCUCAUCGAAGAGGACGAGCGCUGAUCUGUGAAACGGCCUGUGAAACGGCCAGGUUCCUUCACGCUGCCUCAGCCGCAGUUAACCUGGAUCCCGGAUCAGGACUCGUCCUCGGAGAUGCUUGAUGCGUAACCAGCCCGUCAGCAGUAACAACCCCAGUCCUUUUGUUGGGGGUACUUCAUCUUUCUACCAGAAGAGGGAGCUGUUGUUCCAUGUUGCCAUGUCGCUUUUCAUCAGUAAAAGGCAUUUCUUUAACUUUUUGAUGGUUUUUAAAGCUCAUAUCACUUUGGAAGUAUGCACAGUGCUGUUAAUAAAAUGAUAAGCAAAAGCCCUGA